GCUUUGUGCUGGACUGGAUGACGGACUUUGAGACCUUCCAGGAGGCUCUGGAGCAGGAACAGAGCUUCGUGAGCAACCUCACGCGCACCAUGUCGCUCACCUUGGACACCUUUUACGAGAACCUUAGCACUUGCGGCGUGUCGGCCAAGACGGGCGUGGGUUUUGCCCAGCUUCUGAAAAAGAUUCUGGACUGCGUGACCCAGUACGAGCAGGAUUACAAACCGGUGUACGAGAAGAUGCGGCAGGAGCGACUGGCGGAGCAGGCAGCUGGUCCAAGGCCAACUGACAAUGUGGAAGAAGCCGGCGUAGCCGUGCCUCUGGGACUGGGUCUUCAAGACCCACACCCGAACUCCAAAAACAGCGUGUUUCUAAUGGCACCUGGUCUGGUGCCUCAAUCCGCUGAGGAUGACGAAAAUGAUAUGGAGGAGGACGCAAAGGGCACCAUGGAGGACCAGAACUUCCACAGCUUCGUCCAAAAUCACCUGGACGCCCAGCAAAGCAAGCGGGACAAACUGCAGCAGAAACAGCCACAACCCUAAAGUGAUAUGGAAAACAUUUCAGUUAGCAUCGGUUAAGAUUGGUUCCCAUUUAAAUAUAGAAUAAAAGGUUACUUUUUAAAUUACGUA